AUGAUCGACGAAUUCCCGGGGUUUCAAAUGGCUGAGAAGGGAAUGAUCUUCGAAUUGACAGCGAGCGGGUCAGGGCAAGAGAAUGAUCUUCGCAUUGACAGCGAGCGGGUCAGGGCAAGCGAUUGCGCAACAGAUAAAAAGGAUCGGCACCAAGUGGUCUCCUUCGAGACUCCGAGUAUGUAUAGUAAGUCCAAAACGCCGUCUAUGAGUAUUGAUUGCAUCGACGAUGAGAACUGGUUUACGUGA